AUGAUGAUACAUGGCCAAAAUCUAUCCACAAAUACCGAAAAUGAGAAUGAGAAUGAAAAUGAACCCCUCCUUCCAGAGAACAACCGAUAUCCCGCCAAAAAUACCACAAAACCAUAUACCAAACUUGUUGUGCUUCUGUACUUGUUGAUUCUCAUUGUAGACUUUGGUGGGCUUCUUCAAAUUGCGCCGAUGACUCAAAUAUUUGAAACUGUUAUAUGUCGAAAAUUCUAUGCCCGUUAUCCAGCCAACCAAGGCAUAGAGGAGAUCAAUCAUUCCUGCAAGGUACAAGAGGUUCAAAGCGAGCUCGCGCUUCUCAAAGGCGUCCAAAGUUUUCUUAGUAUUCUCCCAAACUUACUUCUGACCAUUCCUUAUGGUGUUCUCGUCAACAUAUAUGGGCGCCAACUAAGUCUGUGUCUCGCAAUGCUAGGGCUUUGCUUACAGCUUACUUGGAUCAUUCUUAUAUCUUGGUUUUCAGACGUAUUUUCUCUCCGACUGAUAUGGUUGUCAUCUGCAUUUCAUAUCAUCGGGGGAGGGCCAAGUGUAGCAUUGUCAAUAGUCUAUAUACUCGUGGCUGACAAAGUCCCUCAUAGUUACAGAGCGCAGGUGUUUUUCGGGCUGGAUGCUGCUAGACUACUUGCAGUAGCAGUAGGAACAGCAACCAGUUCCGUGCUCAUGAAGCGAGGCCCAUGGAUCCCUAUGUUUUUCGCGCUUCUGAUCACCUAUGUUGGCAGUUCAUUUGCAUUAUUCAUACCGACUGGUGGACCAGGCUCAAGCUUAAUGAGUAAUUCUAGACAUAAUUCAUUAGAAGACACAAACGCUUCUGAUGUGGUUUCUACCACAAUAUUUUCUUCAGCUCUAGAAACGAAAUAUGUGUUGUUUAAGGACGAUUUGUACCGGUUUAAAAAGUCCUUAUCAAUCAACAGUCUCGCGAGGAAAAUUCUCGCAAUGUCGCUUGUUAGUACUUUAACUAGCAGCUCUUCCAGUAUUAUUCUCAUCUAUGCAUCAAAGCGGUUUGACUGGAGUUUUGCAAAGGCAAACCUAUUGACCACACUUCGAGCCAGUGUUAAUUUGAUCGUCAUCUUACUCCUAAUUCCCCUGGUUGGCUUCUGGCUCAUUGUCCGUUGCAAAGUUUCUCACAGAGAAAGGGAAACCUAUCUAGCACGAGGAAGUGCAUUGGUCAUUCUCCUUGGGCUGUCUAUAGUCGCAAUAGCUCCUACUCCAACUCUGCUAAUCACCGGUGUUGUAGUGUCAUCUCUGGGAUUCGGUGCCGAUGCCCUGCUUCGUUCAAUUCUGACAUCAGUCAUCCCUAGCCAUGAAAUUGGCACAUUCUACACAUCAAUGACACUGUUACAGAAUUUGGGAGAAUCUGCAGGCGGCCUGCUAUACUCGACUCUAUUUUCUGUGGCAUUGAAUCUACAGGGGUUUUGGCUCGGGCUACCAUUUAUAAUUUCGGCUAUCUUGUCUGUUCUCUCUCUAGUCAUGGUGUCCGAUGCGCGACUCUCACAUGAUAAGUCUGAAGAUCAAGAAGAUUAG